ACUGACAAUGAAAUCACCAAGAAGUGGCGGGAAGCUUGUAAGACAUUGAAAGUGUAGAAGUUGUGCGAUGAAAAAAUACCCUCCAUUUUCUUCUAUUACGAAAGAUCCAUCAUGACCACGAAUAGCAUCAGGAAUGUCGACGUGGAUUUUCCAUUCCAGCCUUAUGAUUGUCAGCUAGCGUACAUGGAGAAAGUCAUUCAAUGUCUUCAAGAAAGAGAAAAUGGUAUUUUGGAGAGCCCAACUGGAACUGGCAAAACCCUUUGUUUACUAUGUGCAACUCUAUCGUGGAGGACUACAUUUGUUGCCAGCAUGCAGUUAGGCCAGAGAACGUGUUCCAAUAUCAAAGAAGGUGAAACAUUUAAGGAGAACUUAAGCAACCAGCUGCAAAAUGCUGCAGGGACUUGGGAUGAAAGUUGUGGUAACACAGGUGGUUCAUGUUUUGAGGUUCCUAAAAUCAUUUACGCUUCAAGAACCCACUCCCAGUUAUGUCAAGCAAUUCAAGAAUUAAAGUCCACAACUUACAGACCCAGAGUCAGUAUUAUUGGCUCAAGAGAACAGCUUUGUAUUCAUCCUGAUGUGUUAAAACAAGAAAACAACUCUGCUAAGGUUCACAUGUGUAGAGCAAAAGUUACAGCCAGAACUUGUCCAUUUUAUAAUAAUUUAGAAGUAAACAAAUCCAAUCCUGAUUUCACCUCRAGCAUCCUGGAUAUUGAAGAUCUUGUUAAACUUGGACAAAAGCACAAAGUCUGUCCUUAUUACAUGGCCAGAGAGCUAAAGACAAAUGCUGAAAUUGUAUUCAUGCCUUAUAAUUAUAUGCUUGAUCCAAAGUCUCGUAAAGCUCAUAAUCUUGACAUUUCUGGAAGCAUUGUUAUUUUUGAUGAGGCACAUAAUGUGGAAAAGAUUUGUGAGGAUACAGUUUCAUUUGACCUCACUUCGUUUGAUAUUGCAUCUUGCAUCCAGGACGUAGAGCUUUGUAUGGAAUUCCUAGCAAACCAAACAGAUAACUUAGAUAUGGAUGAAGGAAACACAUCUGAUAUAGAGAUAGAAGAUGUAAAGACAUUAAAAGCAUUACUCAGCAAAUUUGAAGAAGAAAUAGAAAAAAUUCCUCUCUCCAAAGAUGGUGGACAGGCCUUUCCUGCAAGUUUUAUGAUAGAUCUUUUGGCAAAGGUUGGUAUCAAAUCAAGUACUAAGGGACAAGUUCUGGACGUUCUACAAAAAAUCGAUUCACUUCUUGCUAAUGAUGACAAAGGCCUGAGAGGAAAGCAUUUUGCUUUGUCAAAAUUUGCAGAUGCAUUACAAACAAUUUUUCGAGAGCCGGUUUCAGGAUCUUCAAAAGAUAGUGAGAAUGACCAAGCUGGAGUGGAGAAGACUUACAAGGUUUAUGUAAAGCUGGAGCCUGAUUCCAAAAAGAAACAAAAGAACCUAGAUAUUUGGACAACAGGAUCCAGUGUUGAAAAAAGAGGGCGUACUCUCAGUUACUGGUGCUUUAGUCCUGGUCAUGCGAUGAAAGAUCUUAUAUCACACGGUGUGCGCAAUGUCAUCUUAACUAGUGGGACAUUGUCCCCUCUAAAAUCCUUUACUGCUGAGUUACAAAUACCAUUUCCUAUCUGUCUUGAAAACCCUCACGUAAUCAAGAAACAUCAAGUAUGGGUUGGCGUGGUAACAAAGGCUCCUGAUGGUGCCACCUUAAAUUCUUCAUUUGAGUUCAGGUCUACAGUAGAAUACAUGACUGGCCUAGGGAAUACUAUUGCUAAUUUUGCACGCACUGUUCCAAAUGGUCUUCUGGUGUUCUUUCCAUCCUAUCCUGUCAUGAACAAGUGCUUGGAACACUGGCAGGGUACAGGUAUAUGGGCUCGCAUCGCUCAACAUAAACCAAUGGUUGCUGAACCAAAAGGAAAGGGGGAUUUUGUUCAGGUGAUGGAAGAGUUUUAUUCGAAAAUCAAGGACCCUGAUCUCAAUGGAGCAACGUUCUUUGCUGUCUGCAGAGGAAAGGUAAGCGAGGGGCUGGACUUUGCAGAUAUUAAUGGACGUGCAGUGGUGAUAACUGGACUCCCUUUCCCACCUAAAAUGGAUCCAAAGGUUAAAUUAAAGAUGGAGUUUCUAGAUGAAAUGUUACGGAAAAAUAAAGCAGCUUUCAAGGGUCUGUCUGGCCGUGAAUGGUACCGUCAACARGCUUCCCGAGCUGUCAAUCAAGCUAUUGGUAGAGUCAUACGUCAUAAGCAGGAUUAUGGUGCCAUUUUGUUAUGUGACAUCAGGUUUACGUACCCGGAUGCCCUUAAGCAACUUCCUUCAUGGGUUCGACCACAUGUGAAAAYCUUCAAAGAAUUUGGUCACGUUCAAAGAGAGCUUAUUCAGUUUUUUAGAAAUGCUGACAAACUGGUUGAUAAGAAGUUCAUGAAGAACAAGCAUGCUAUUAAGGAGUGCCCACYCGCAACGGAAGAACCUGUCAUAACUAGUGCUACAUCAUCUUGCUGCAGUAAAGAAACUGCCUUUCAGUUUACUCCAAGACCAUCGCAGCUGCAACAAUCUGAUGGAAGUGAAAAUCUCUCUCUGACAACAAAGUCUAAGACAAGGAGUGAAGAGUUGUUACCUCGUUUAUCAGUGGAAUACGAUGACAAUGCAGUCUGCACUAUGCCGACGAAACAAACGAGAAACAGUUUAUUGGAUUCUCUCGCCACUUCUGAAGUACGUCAACAAUCUAAAGCAACGGUACCAGAGCAUUCUAAGUCAUUAACAACGUGGUCUGCUUCAAUUGUUGGUAAACUAGACAUCAAUCAGCGUCAAAAARCAAAAAAAGUACUCAAGAUCGUGAAGCAGAAAACAGAAAACCUUGAAGAUAAGGCUAGUGAGAAAACAGUGGAUCCAAAAGUUCAAAAAGUACAAGCAGCGAAAGAGUAUAUCGUGAAGGUUCGAAAAGCUCUCAGUGAAGAAAACUACAAAAAGUUCACUCGAGUUCUGACAAAAUACAAAGAGAGUAAUGAUUUACAGAGUCUGUUACAUGGCCUGACACCUUUAUUUACACAAAACAGUUCCAUGUACGGUCUCUUUCUUGAUUUUUCCGGAUAUGUUCGCGAUAGUGAUGAUAAAGUCAAAUUCUUUAAGGCGUAUAAGGAGAUAACAGGCCAAGAAGUACCAAAUACAUACUUUGACGUACUUCGAACAAAGAAAAGAUCAGAACCUGAAUCUGAACUAAGUUGUAAGGUUGGCAAAAGGAUCAAAAUCGAAGAUGAAAACAAAUCAAUGAUUAAGAGUUCCUCUAAAGAAAAGGCUUUCACGACUAAAUCUUUGGAUAGAACUGGAAACUUGCAGACGAAACUUCUUGAUGUUGUAACCCAUUUGAACGGUGGAAAGUAAUGGCCACUACAAGCUUGGUACUGAUUGUCACGCAAGGGUCACGCGAUGCCGCAGCCUGCUGUCACAAAUCGGCAAAGAAGAAAAACGGCAAAAUAGGAAGAACUUUCCAGCAGGGAAGUGUGAGAUGUGAAGAUAUAAACAAAUGGCGAAAGAGUCCAGAAAUGUGCUGUAAAAUUUUUCAAUAUAUAUUGUGAAAACGUUUUUAUCCGAAAUAAAUAAAA